GCAGCAGCUCUAAGAAAGUUGGCAGCACUAACACAACACGCUCGCUGCACGUGUGAAUGUGUUUUUAAAAAUAAAAACUUUAAAUUUAAGCCCGCUUCACAAUGAAAGCCAAGUCAAAAGGAAUCGCCAAUGUGCACAAUGUGCGCUUCUACACAAUAAAGCCGCGCGCCAUAGUGAGUCUGGCCUAUAGUAAAGUGCUGAAAUGUUUGGCGCUCAGCCGCGAGGAUGGCUCCAUUGAAUUGUGGGAUAUGAAUUAUGCACCGUAUCUGGAUCGUGUUAUACAAUUGACGUCCGAGACGGCAGUGGAAGAAUUGGCCUGGGCAAGCAAGCGUCUCUUCUCCGUGGGAUUGUCGGGGAAGCUGAUCGAGUGGGAUUUGGAGAGUCUGCAGCCACGCUGCGAACAGUCACCCACGGGCAAUGCACUGUGGUGCCUGGAUAUAAACAGCGAUGAAACAGAACUGGCUGUCGGCUCCGAGGAGGGACACAUUAACAUAAUGAGCAUAGAGAACGACGAGAUUAACUACAAAACACUGUUUAACAAACAAAUGGGACGCGUGCUCUGCUGCAAGUUUGACAAACCGGGUGUGAGACUAAUCACUGGCUCCGUGGGCGCUGUGCGCAUUUGGAGUGUCAGCAAGGGAACAACACUGCACACCAUGACACUGUCCAGCAAGUUUGUGAUUGUGCACUCUUUACUCGUGCUCAGUAAUAACACCAUCAUUGCGGGUGAUUCAGCUGGCUUUGUGACCGUGUGGAAUGGCGCCAAUGCCACACAAUUGGAGGCCAACCAGGUGCUGGAUGCCAAUGUCUUUGCGCUGGCCAUUAACGAGAAGGAGGAUCGUCUGGUGUGCAGCGGCAAGGAGCCACCAUUGAUCCGUGUGCUCAGCAAGACACAGAUUAAGCGUGAGGAAUCCGUUUGCGAUCGUUGGAUCAAGUUUUUGCAACGUGAAGCUCACAAUCACUAUGUAAAGUCGCUGAUUGUUGUGGAUGACCAUGUUAUAUCUGCUGGCGAGGAUGGCCUUCUCUGUAUUACAUCCAUUUCCAAGACGAGCGGAGCUAUCACCAAAUACGCACCCUUUCUGCCAGGUCCAGUUGCUAGUGUAGCUCCUAGUGCCAAUUUACUGCUGCUGCGUUAUCCACAAAGCCUGCAUCUGUGGAAAUUGGGUGUGCCGCAAGAGAAUACACAUAAGCAAACCAGCAUUGGAGGUGCCGGAGGGCUUCAGCUGCUGCAGACACCCGAUAAGCUGAUUCAACUCAACGUGGGAGCCACCAAGUUUAUACAGGCAGCUGCCAUUUCACCCGAUAGCUCCUGGAUUUGUUACUCCACAGUCGAUGAGCUGCGCUUGAGUCGCCUGAAAGCUAAUCCUCUGGCCGUGGAGCGACUGACGGAGAAUCUGCCCGCUGAACUGGAGGUGGCCAGCCAUAUCAGCUUCUCCAAGAGCAACCAGCUGUUUCUGAUCCACGCAGAGAGUCGAGAACUGCGUUGUUUUGAGCUUAAAAAGAAUCAGGUUAACUUCCUGUACAGCGUUUAUCUGAGUGCUGAACUCAAGUCACCCAUUAGCCAUGUGUUGGUGUCGCCUUGUGGCAACUACCUCGUUGUAGCCACCUCCAAUCAUCUGAUUGCCGUUUGGCAACUCAAUGGCAAGGAGUCAAAGCAUUUGCUCAACUUGCCACGCUAUAAGGCUGGAACCACAGCGCUGGCCAUGCACGAGAACAGUCCACGUCUGGUGGUUGCCUAUGCCAAUGGACGCAUUGUCGACUACGAUCUGUCGGCUCGUUGUUUUGUCUGCGAAACUGGCAAGCAUUUUGUGGGCAGCUCACGGACGCAUUGCAUCAAGGGUCUUCUCUUGGAUCCACAAAAUCCCAACAUUGUCAUCGCCUACAACGAGAUGCACUUCUAUGUCCUGCAGAGCCUUGACAGGAAGGAUGAUUCCCUCAAGUCGCCCAGCAGCAAGACCAAGCGUCUCAGUAUUGCAAAUGAGGAAGCAGUCAACAAAAGUGUGCGCCGUUAUACCUUCAAAAUGAGUCUUAUGCGCCAGCAUCUGGUGCAGGCGUGUCGUCUUGGGGAUCAGGAACUCGUCACCAUUAGCAUACAGCCCAAAAAUCUGCUGGCCCCGCUGCCGCCACCCUACAUUCGCAAGAAGUAUGGCGCGGCAUAAGAAGAAGAAGAAGAAGGAGAGGAAGAUGGAGACGAAUCCAAAAUGGAGUAGCUUAAAAUCCUAUUGUAGUUUCUACCUAGUUGCAUAUGUCCGAAUGAAUACAUUGUAAAUUCAACAAA